GAUGACACGGGGAAACUUUCUGGUAACUACAACAGGCAGGGUGUGUGAGAGGUUCACUCGAGCGACGGCAAGCUGCGAGACAGGUAGGGGAAAGAGUCCUUGCUCCUUUCUGCUGUGCUGUUGGAAGAGCUCGCCUUCACCACAUCUCCAGGCCUGGCUUUCUGAAAGGCGUUGUGAGGAAGUUUGACUCCACAGGAUGGAAUUGUGGCCGUGGGUCGUCCUGGCAUAUGCCGUGUUGGCAUCUGCAAGCUGGCAGAAGGACCCCGUGCUGGACAGCCACUGGGAACUUUGGAAGAAAAAAUACAGCAAGGAAUACCGAAACGAGAAAGAGGAAGAGAAUCGCCGUAUGACUUGGGAAAACAACUUGAAAUUGAUCACGUUGCAUAAUCUUGAACGCUCUCUGGGACUGCAUUCCUUCGAGCUUGGCAUGAAUCAUCUUGGCGAUAUGACCAGCGAGGAAGUAACUACUCAGCUCACUGGACUGAGAAUUCCUGACUCGUGGAAACAGAAUUCUACCUAUUUCAAGUCAAAUCCAGGGGUAGGAAUCCCUGAUUCCAUAGACUGGAGGGAGAAAGGAUGCGUCACGGAGGUGAAGUUCCAGGGGGGCUGCGGUUCCUGCUGGGCCUUCAGUGCCGUCGGGGCUCUGGAAUGCCAGUGGAAACUCAGAACCGGACAAUUGAUCUCUCUGAGUCCACAGAACCUCGUGGACUGCUCCAGUAUGUAUGGGAACCACGGCUGCAAUGGAGGCUUCAUGACCUCCGCUUUCCAAUAUAUCAUCGAUAACAAAGGUAUCGACUCAGAAGCAUCCUACCCGUACACAGCCCAGGCGGGACCAUGUGGUUAUAACCUGAGCGCGCGAGCGGCCACUUGCUCUAAAUACGUUGAGCUGCCGUCUUCUAAUGAAGCCGCCUUGAAGGUGGCCGUCGGGACUGCGGGCCCCGUGUCCGUCGCUGUCGAUGCAACUAAAGAAACAUUCUUUCUGUAUAAAUCAGGAGUAUAUGAUGAUCCAAGCUGCUCCCAGGACGUGAAUCAUGGUGUUCUCGUGGUGGGAUAUGGGACGCUGGACGGCAAGGACUACUGGCUUGUGAAGAACAGCUGGGGAGUACAUUUCGGCGAUCAAGGAUAUAUCCGGAUUGCACGGAACCACGGGAAUCGGUGUGGCAUUGCCUCGUACGGCUGCUACCCAGUUGUUUAGAGAGGCAUGCCAUCUCUGCAGUUGGUUCCCCCUCCCCCCCCACACACAAAAAAGUGAAGCCUGAAGGAUUGGUCUUCAGGGCAAGAUCUGCCCUGUCAGCUCCACCUGGUAGAUCUGAGACCAGCAACCCAAAUAAUGGUUUGUCUUGGUUUAGCUCAGUAUCUGCUAGGCGUCCCGGGGGUGUUGUGAGGCCGGAUCAGCUAAUAACGUCUUAGUCCCGCUUUGAAUGAGAGUAGUUUUCUGUAAUUGCUAAGUAUUAUCACUGCUUCCACCUCAAAGGGUUUCAUAUUAAAAGCUGUGUUCAGUGGAAGAAACACUUUUCCCCGUUUAGGGAAUCAUCAAAUGGUUCCACACACUCAACCAUGUAUGUUCUGCUAUCUGGCAAAAUCCCAAAGGGACAAAAGUAGUAAUUUUGGAUUUUAAAGAUUUUUCAUGUAAUGCCAGAUGUGGAAGGAUUUUUUUUUUUAAAUUUAUGGGGUUUGUCUUCUUUUCCCUUCCUUUAAUCCAGAGUUUUUCAACCGCCUUUGAUUCUGUAAGCGUGCCCCCAGAGAAUCAUGACAUUUUACUAUCACUCACCUGAGAGACUUCAGAUUUUCCCUUGUUUUCUGAAUUUUAUAAUUGUUCAAUAAAUUACUUAUUAACAGUU